CCACUUAAAUGAGAGCUUUAUGAUUUAUCUGAAAAAAUUAAUUUGGAGGAAGCUAAGUGAGCUAAAUGUUUUCAAAGUUAGCUGAAGCGCUGGAUGAAAAAUUAGCUGAUUAGCAUAAGUGUGCCCUCCACUUUAUUGUGUUGUUUACUUAAGUUUAGUUCUUUCUUGAAGUUUGCCCACCUUCUAUAUAAUUAGACAACAUAUUCUGAUAAUGAUGUUGCAUUACAAGGAAAGAAAAAAGUUAAAAAUGUCCAUUUUAAUUAUAAAAUUUUGUGACUAUUUAUGCAACCCAUGUUUAGCUGUUUAUUUGUAAUAAAAAUGUGAGCCAGCUGGUAUAGCUGCAUGCAUUAUGUGGAAAUUAAUCUCUGAACAGUUGAACACAAACAGGAGGUACUCCACUAAAAAUAUAACAAACAAACCCUCCAUAGUUUGAACCCUCCUCAGAGGAACGUUUUAUCAGAUAAAGUUUAGAUUUAACCGAAACAGCAGAAAGAGGCGCAGACAAACUAAUAACAUGUGACAGUGGGAUCUUCAUCUCUAGAGUCCAGUUUAAGUUCAGCAGCUAAUGUGAAGCUGUGACCCUCACAGAGUUGAGAGCCAGAGUCUUCAGUCACGUUGUGGCAGCUUCAGAGAGACCGAACACCUCCGAGAGUCAGGUUAGGCUCCACUCCAGCAGGCAGCACCAUUAGUCACACCUCAUUAAUUUUCCUCCGGAUCGCAUGGUGACGAAAUCAGGUCGGUAUAAAGGCGGCACCUGCAGCGCCGGAGACCCAGAGGAGAGCGGCAGCAGCAACGAGAGUCAUCACAGAGAGGAACGACUGGAAACCGCCACAGAAAGAAGAAAAUGCUGCCAAAUUUCUCCGUUUGCUGUUUUUCUCUGCUGUUCAUUAAUUUCAUAGGAGCUAAACCCAUUUCUGACAUACAGAGUUUGCAGCAGCUUUUGGAGACUGAAAUCAGCAACUUUCCCUUCUCCUCUGAGGAGGCGCAGGUGGAGGAGAGCGACUUCGGCUCAGACAGGUCUGUGCUUGGCGCUGCGGGGCGGCGGGAGCCCUGGAGCGCCGCCGACAGCCGCAGCUCCGCGCCGCUGGUCAAAGAUAACGCGCUGGCGCAUUUCCUCAAAGACAUCAUGACCACCUCCAAGCGUUCGUGGAGCCGAUACAAGAAAGGCGGCCUGAGGAGCUGCUUCGGGGUCCGGCUGGAGCGGAUCGGCUCCUUCAGCGGACUGGGCUGCUGAGGUCCGUUCUCCCAGAUGUUCCUGAGACGAGCGCCGCAGCAGUUACUGCUCUCACCCACAACACAGAUUUACUCCCUUUCAUUGUGUUUUAAAAUGAAGGCUGCUGAAUUCUAAUUUAUUGUUUGUGUAUUUAUUAUUUAUCUUUCUAUUGGAUUAAGUCAAGUUGCCUUGUGAUAUUCUGUAUUGCAGUAAAAUAAUUAUUUUGCA